AUGCUGGGGAGACUGCUGGGGCGCAGCCCCGGGCUGUGGCGGUACGUGGCUCGGCCAGUCCUGCACCCAGCCAGAGCCGUCGGCGACAAAGCAAAGGGUGCUCAGAACGCGGCUUUACAGACAGCUAAUCCAGGUUACAAAACUUUCAGAAAAGACAGAAGACCUACAAAUUUUGAUAAAAAAGUGUUAGUAUGGGCAGGGCGCUUUAAAAAGGAGGAUGACAUUCCCAAGCAUGUAUCGUCUGAGGUCCUCGACGCAGCAAGGAAUGCAGUCAGGAUAAAGGCUUGCUACAUUAUGAUUGUAUUGACCUUGCUGGGCUGUUUGGCCAUGGUAAUCACGGGCAAAGAAGCUGCUAAAAGGGAUCACACGCUGCUGAGGAUGAACACAGAAAAGAAGGCCAAAUGGAGAGCUGAAGUGGAGAAAGAUCAGGAGGCAGCUGUUGGGAAGCCAUAA